UCUUUGCGCGCGGGCCGGUCCCCCCGUGGAGCAUGGAGGCGCCCGGGGCCGCCGCGGCUGGGGACGUCUCCCUGCACAACUUCAGCGCGAGGCUGUGGGAGCAGCUCGUCCACUUCCACGUCAUGCGGCUGACGGACUCGCUCUUCCUGUGGGUGGGGGCCACGCCGCACCUGCGCAACCUCGCCGUGGCCAUGUGCAACCGCUACGACCCAAUCCCAGUGUCCACCUCCCUCCUCGGCGACACGUCUGACACCACCUCCACCGGCCUUGCCCAACGCUUAGCCAGGAAGACCAACAAGCAGGUGUUCGUCAGCUACAACCUUCAGAACACAGACAGCACCUUCGCGCUGCUGGUGGAGAACAGGAUCAAGGAGGAGAUGGAGGCUUUCCCGGAGAAGUUCUAGCUGUGGGAGAAGCGGGGCAUGUGGUCUAUGUCCCACCUGCGUUUAAAUAAACGGGUUGAAUUUCACCAUCAGCAG